AUGGCAUCAUCCGAAUCUCUGGAGGCGUUGAGAGAUUGUAACCUCCUCGGCAGGAUCCGAAUCGCAGGUCUUGUCAAAGACGAUCCAGCGCUAAAAGUGAAGCUUGAACGAUCCCAGUCGUUCCCCCCAUGUCGCGCCAACACUGGACGAGACUAUCGCCCCCCUGUUCCUACGUGGAGUCCCCUGCCUCUACCUCCCAACGGUGACGAGAUUGAAUUGAGCCUCCACGAUGAGCCCAUCUCUGAAGGACGCGUUGGUGUUGUAUACUCGGCGGACGUGACUACACGUUCUAAUCCGGAUGGUCUCGGGCCGACGUCCCUUCCUACGAUUCUCUGUGUGAAGGUUAUCAAACCUCGCUUCUCCAGGAGGGCGGCACGCGAAGCAUGGAUGCACGAGCAGCUCUCCCUGAGCGGCUGCAGUGGCACCUCCACGCCGCGGUAUUUUGGCUUUUUUACAGCGCCUUUGAGUAAUACCACUACAGCUACUCAAGAGUCUAGAAAGGCGCUGAACCCCGACGACAUCCUGCCCUGGGUCGAGGCACGUUUUCAUGACUCUGACCACGACCCUUAUGUCGACUCCGACUCGGAACUUCCUCCAGACUCGCUCAACGACGACUCGCCCGAAUUUCACAAAUAUGACGUCGGUCGUCAUCGCAGGAACUCUCCCUGGUACGCCUAUGAGCAUGACGAAGAGAACGCGCUCCUCUCUGUCCUUCUCUUCGAGGUUUUAGGACCGCGCAUGUUCGGUGAACCGGACAUGAAGGAUCGCGAGAAGGAAUACCACGAGGAGGCCGCCGAACUGGUGAUUGACAUUGGGAUGACUGGAGUGCGACACCACGAUCUCCGCACCGCGAAUGUUCUGCAGGUCCCUUCAGAAACGUUGGCCUCUCCCAACUCACGGGUUUGUCCGCGCCAUGGACGAAAACAUAACUGGAGGAUCAUCGACUUUGACUCUGCAGCGAAGUACUCCAUCACGCCUGACGACAUCGCCAAUAACAGCAGAGACUUUCGUAGGGUUACGACAUUGCCGGUGCAGGAAAUCGGAAAAUAUUAUUGGUGGGGAAUUGAAUUGUCGCCAUGA